AUGCCAAGGGCUCGCGGAUUUGAAUACUGGUUUGGUGGCAUUGAUCUCAAUGCAACUCCUGAAGCUAGUACAUCAACUGAUCAACAUGCUGGGCAGCCGCCAGAAGUCGGAGGCCAUCGUGUCGAUCCCCAAGGAGAUGAAGCAGGUCCUUCAAACAAUGAUCAGCAAGCUGAUUCGCGUGCACGGACUGGUGUUACACUUUCCAGUGAGGAAAGCGAUGGUGAAGCUGAGGUUGAGUCAACGCCUGAAGGAUAUGUUCCAAAGGUUCCAUUUGUUGGCAUGAUGUUUGACACACCUGAACUAGCUUUGCAGCACUACAACAGAUAUGCUCACCACAUUGGUUUUUCAGUGAAGAUAGAAUCAUCUAGGAGAUGUGCUAAAGAUGGUGAGCUUGAUAAAUUUGUUUAUGUCUGCAACAAAUCUGGGAAGCCUAGAGAAGAAGAAGCAGUCCCAGUUAAGCAGAGGAACCGUAAGCUAACUGUGCUGACCGACUGCAAAGCAAAGCUUCGAGUAAAACGUGAUGGUGCUAGAUGGAAAGUUACUCAGUUUGUCGAGGUGCAUACACAUGAGGUGAUUGACAAGUUUGCGCUUAAGAAGUACUUGAGAUCACACAACAAGAUCCCUGCAGAAGAGAAAAAGUUCAUUGACUUGUUGCAUGAAGUCAACCUUACUUCAGGAAGAAUCAUGGAAAUCAUGGGGGAGCUAUAUGGGAGUAAGCAGAAUGUCCCAUACAACAGCAAAACAGUUAGUAACUACACUGCAAAACUAGGGAACUAUGACAGGAUUAAAGAUAUCCCAGAGCUGCUAGAGUACUUUGAAGAAAUCAAGAAAGAUGAUCCCAGAUUUUUCUACAGGUUCAAGCUAGAUGCAGAAAAUAAAGUGGAGAACCUGUUCUGGGUGGAUAGCAAAGCAAGAGAUGUCUACCCCCUGUACAAUGAUUGUAUUUCUUUUGAUACAACAUUCAUGACAAACCAGUACAGCAUGCCAUGUGCUCCUUUCAUUGGAAUAAAUAGAUAUGGUCAAUCCAUCCAGCUUGGUUGUGGUUUUGUGAGGAAUGAAUCUUCUGUGAACUUUGUGUGGUUGUUUGAGCGGUUUUUAGAGGCAAUGGAUGGACUACAUCCAUUGAACAUCAUUACAGAUCAAGAUGCAGCUAUCAGAACUGCUAUCCUCAUUGUGUUCAUUGGCAUCAUACACAGGUUCUGCAGGUGGCAUAUAAUGCAAAAAGUACAGGAAAAACUUGGUACUUUUGUUGCUCAGAGAGAAGACUUGCGUUUAGAGUUCAAUGAUGUGAUUGACUAA